AUGGCCUCGGUGACAGAGAACUCGGCCAAGUGGACCGCCUUGAUCGAUGCUCCAGUGCACGCCUGGGGUGACGAGAGCUUUGACGACGCUUGCCGGGAUUGUACGAAGCAGGAAGUGGCCAUCUCCUCUGAUAAUGGUCCAAAACUUUCGUUAAUCUCGAUUUUCCUCCCCAAUACUCCUCGGGUAAAUACCCAUGAUCCAUGGGAAUCGGCUCCCCGGGAUCUCAAAUUCCUUGUGCCAAAUGACUGGAGGCUCAAUAGCGCCCAAACCGAGGCAACUAUCCAGUUGCUUACCCACUCUAUCUCUUGUGUUUGGUCCUGGUACGGGCAAAACGCGAACAAUUGCUGCAGUGACUAUGUUUGUUACGCAAAUCCUCUGCGGUGGGUCGGUGGGAUUGGCCAAGCUGGCCAUCCUAGUGCCGACUCGCGCAGUAGACUUGCAAACUUCCUCCACUCGCCGAAGCAGACCCAUGUGAUUCUGUCCCGGGCAGGUAAUGCCCAGUACGUUAUUGGCGACUGGGACUGGCUGGGCAGCAAGGUCUUCAAAAAGGACGCCGCCUCGUUCUAA